AGAAGACAUAAAGGAACGUAGGGCGUUGGAAAAUGAAGUCCAACAGUGACGUGCUCCUCUUCAUUGCCUAAGCUAAGGAUUUGGAGAUAAUGAUUUAACUCUCGAGCAGCACUUUGCAAACACAACAGCUCUUGGAUCCUACACUGGACAACAGGGGCAGAAAAGAGCCAACAGAGAUUCAGACCAGAGAGCACUUACUUCACAAUAACAGAAGCAACACUCACAUCAAGAUGGAUGAACUUCUCUGACCACAAAGACUGCUCAUCAGAUAAACCUCCCAAGAAGACAGCUGGUACCAACUGAUUUGUACUUUGAUAUUGUGAUCACAAAUUACUUGCCUUCAUCAUAAUGAUAUCUAGAAUAGCAUCUGGAUUUCGCUCAGCUUGCAAGUUAGUUAGAUCAGUCUUUUCAAAAUCAAAAUCAAAAUCAAAAGUUCCUGAAGAAACAAAGCCAACCACAAAUUUUGCUGAUUCACAUCCUGUUAAUUUACAACAAAAUAACUAUAAUUCAGAGGAGCCAGAGUGCAGUAAACGGCUUGCUGAUGCUGUUAAAGAAAGAAGCACAAAGCUGAAACAUGAGACAGGGCCUCUCCCUGUUUAUCAAAUUCCCCUGAUAGAAGAAAGGAUCAAUGUGGAGGGGUGUAAAUGUUUCAGCUUUGGAAAAGAAUCCACUAAAGGUAAUCGCACCAUAAUGGUUCUUGGAGCAACUGGUGCUGGCAAAUCAACUCUUAUCAAUGGGAUGAUCAAUUACAUUCUUGGUGUUGAAUGGGAGGAUCCAUAUCGGUUUAAGUUAGUUGACGAGGGUCAGUCGAAGUCACAAGCUGAAAGCCAGACUUCUGAAGUCACAGCAUAUAGAAUCAACCAUCAGGAGGGCUUUAAGAUAGAGUACACACUCACUCUUGUUGACACUCCAGGCUUUGGAGAUACAAGAGGCAUAGAAAGAGACAGGAUGAUCGUAGAGCAGCUGCGUAAUCUCUUCUCCUCUGAACUUGGAGUCAGUGAGAUUGACGCUGUGUGUUUCGUCGCUCAGGCUUCUUUAGCACGACUCACACCAACACAGAAAUAUGUGUUUGAUUCAGUUCUCUCAAUCUUUGGCAAAGAUGUGGCAGAAAACAUCAGGGUUCUGGUGACAUUUGCAGAUGGCAAACGUCCACAAGUUCUCGAGGCGAUCAAUGCUUCAGGUGUCCCAUGUCCUAAAACAAAAGACGGACUGCCAGAUCACUUUAAGUUCAAUAAUUCAGCGUUGUUUGCACAAAACAAAUCAUCUGCAGCAGAGAGCAUGAGUGGGGAAGAUGAUGAAGAUGGAGGCUUUGAUCAGAUGUUUUGGAACAUGGGGACAAGAAGCAUGCAGAGGUUUUUUGUUGCUUUAAAUAAAGUAGACACCAAAAGUUUGACAUUGACAAAGGAGGUCCUCAGAGAAAGAAAGCAGCUUGAGAUUUCGGUUGAGAAUUUGAAGAAGCAGGUUAAAGAUGGUUUAGCCAAGCUAGAGGAGAUAAAAGAGACAGCUGAACAACUUAAAGAGCAUGAGGCAGAGAUCAGCAGAAAUAAGAACUUUGAGUUUGAAGUCAGUGUCUCAAAGCCUUUUCAAGUGGAUAUUUCUGAUACUGGAUUUUACCUCACCAACUGUCAGCAGUGUCAUUUUACCUGCCACGAUGAUUGUAGCAUUGCAAAUGAUGCAAAUAAAAUAGACUGUAGUGUAAUGGCGGAUGGAUACUGCACCCAGUGCCCAAGAAAAUGUGUUUUUAGUGUACAUUAUAAUCAGAAGUACAAAUGGGAGUACAAGGAAGUGAAAGAAAAAAAAACAGUAAAAGAGCUGCAAAAAAAGUACCUUAAAGCCACAGAGGCUAAAAUGCCUGUGCAGGCACUGAUCGACAAACUGAGGCUGGAAUAUGAUCUUGUAAAGGCUGAGGUGGUGACACUAAUGGAGAGAUCUGCCCAGUGUCUGAACAGACUUAAAGAGAUAGCACUUAAGCCAAACCCUCUCUCCACUCCAGAGUACAUCGACAUGCUCAUUGAGGGAGAGAAAUAUGAAGCCAAACCAGGCUGGAAGCAACGAGUUCAGUCCCUGAUAGACAUGAGAGAAAAAGCUGACUACAUGGCUAAAGUAGAGAGAGGAGAAAAACUGCUGCAGAGUCCAACAACUGACUCCCAGGGUUUCAAUCAAGGCCAAACAAAGAACAAUGACAACCAAGACAAGGUCCUGAUUUGAUGCGAUUCCCAUUUUGUUUCAAUUCAAUUCAACAUGGAUUCAGUUAGAGAUAUUUCAGUUUCAAUACUAAUUUUUCUUGGAUAUGAAUGAGAUUCUCAGAAAACUAUUGCUGUAAAUUGUUACCCUGACCUGACACAUUAUUUAAAGGAUUAACGUUAUCAUUAAGAAUGGACUCCAAAGCGCUUACAUUAAUGCACUUUUUACAUGACCUACAGUUUAUACACACAUCUGAAGAAGUAAUAGGUAGGUAAGUAAUGUGCAUUCACUAAAGUAGCCCGGUGCACUGGCUACAGUCUUCUUCUUCUUCUUGCACAUCUUGCUAAUGGCUUUGCUUUUGUCUAGCUCUGUCUUCAUAGUUUUUAAAUCUGACAUGCAACCAUAUAUCUACCUUUAGACUUGCUGGUGCCUUUAGUGGAGCCGCAUCUACCAUUUUUUUGCCUCUCACAUGGCCAGAUCUCACUGCAUGAGAAGUGUGGUCAUGUGAGACUAACAGGGUUACAGCUUCACACAUCCACAGACUGUAAAGGGAAUAUAUGAAAAAGAUCGGUCUCUGGAUUUUAUGAAUCGAUAUCAGAUUAUUGAAAUGAAGAUAGCUACGAAUCAGAGAAUCCAUUUUUUCCAACCCAGGCCAACAAGACAGACACUGAUAACCACCAAGUCAAGACUGAGCCCAGUUCUGAUAGGUAUGUACCAAGAUGAGGAUCAGAAGCUGGAUACCGACCGAGACCAAGAUGAGACUGAGACUCAUUCUAAUAUAAGCGAGGGCCAAGACAGUGAGAUAGAUUCUAACCCAACCCAAGACGAGACAGAUUCUGAUACAGGGUUUAUACUGCUACCCAGCAAGACCGAGAACAUACCGAGAUCAGUGAAAACCAAGGUAAGACCAUGAUGUUGAAUAAAAUAUCUAAUAUAAGUGAAAGUGCUGUUACCAAUGAUGAAAUGAUUAAUUCACAGUCAAUCAACAACAACUCUGCAGCUUUACGCCUCUUGAAACUCACUGUAUUGGUUCUCCAGCUGUGAAGACUUUAUAAUGUUCUGUGUCAAAGUAGAUAGCUGACAACGGUGGAAGUGAAUGCAACUAUGAAAAUAACAUUGCAUAUCUUACAUAACAUCCUUAUAUUUUCACACAGUUCUUUACACAUAUGUGCAUGACAUAACAGUAUUAUAUAGGUGUGCUAUGUGAGUAUUAUCUAAUUUCAUGUAACCAUGAGUUAUCGUUUUUAUUGAUGCUAGGAAUUCAUUCUAUGUAAUGUGGAAGUAUGUAAUUUUUUUUUGUUUUAUGAGUUUGUAAUGUUUCUGGUAUUGGUUUCAUGUUAUUACUAGUUAUUAUAGUCCUGUAUGGUCAGGUGUUCUGUGGUAUGUGUUAGUGUUUUCUUUGUGGCAUUGUUGUACUCCAUUGGUCUGAUAAAGGCUGAGGAUGCCGGUUAUAUGUCUAUCAUGAGAUACUAUCAGAACAGGUCUCUUGACUGAUAUAAAAAGAGAGCUCACUGUUGUUCAUUGGGAAUCUCUGCUGAUCCGUGUAAGUGAACAGUCCUCUAUAUUGUACAAUAUAUAUAUAGAUAUAUAUAUAUAAGUCUAUACACUCAUCUAAAGUGUUUUCUGUGUUUUUUAGUGAUGAUAUUUAAGCAGUUUCCAAAACACCUCUAAUAUUAAAGCCAGUUAAACUCUGGCAAUUUGAUGGUAUUUGUUAUACCAUAGUAACUGUUACAAUUAAAUUAUUUUGUACCCUGCAGUUGCCAUAGAUUUUAUGUGUUUUGCAUAUUUUGUUUCUGAAUUAAGUAUAUACCAGUGGCGAUUGCUCUAAGACUGCAAGGGAAGCUCAGCUUCCCCUAAAAUGUCAACAAAAUAAGUGGUCAAAUAUGUCCUGUUGUGUGAACAUUUCAUUGACUAAAUAUGCGCUAGAACACGUUCAUCUUUUGUUCAGAAUCAGCUCCUUAUCACAGGUAACCGACACGACUUCUUCUCCUUCCUCCCCGCAGCGCCACAGAGCUUUACACAGUGUAGACGCCGAGCGUCUCCUGACGUCACUGGGGAAGCAGAGAGUGGGUUGUUCCACUGCAGCUAAACUAGACGGUCAUUGGAUAAAUGCUGGGCUUUGUCCCGCCCAUCGGAUGCUCAGCGUCUCUGGGGGUCUAUGGGACAGUGGGCUGGCCCGGACGCUGCAUGUUGAUUGGAUGAUCUGUCUGAGGCUGAGUCCCUUUUUGAUUGACAGCGAAAUGAGCGAAUCAGCGAUCUUGAAGUAUAAGCAUCCACCGGAGAAUUUGUCAAGUUUUUCAUUCCGUUGUUCGGAGUUGAUCUGGAGACGUUACUGAUCCUCAGCGACUUUGUCUUUGUUAAAAACGACUAGCGUUGUGUGUGGCGACUCUCUUCUGUCACUCUGCGAAUUUACAUAUAAAUAAACGGACACAUUUUAUGAUGUAGGCCGAAAAUAAGCUUCCCCUCCUUAUAAGACCAGCAGCCGCCACUGGGGUAUACAUAAAUGUUUAAAGAAAUUACACAAUUGCAACCAGUUUACAUUGUUCAAUAUAAGCUGCCUUUUACACAGAGCUGUCAGAAUUUUGAUUUUUGAUUGUGUUCCUAACCUUUUUAUCUUCGGAAAAAAAAACAAAGGUGACAUAGAUACUUACUACUGACACAUAAACUAUUGAUGGGUAUGGAAAAACAUUUUAUGGUCAUGUGGUUUAAUAAAAAAAAGUGCUGAGAAUGACUCUCAACAACAAACACAAAGACACAAAAAACAUUGAGGAGCCAAAAUUCACAUUUUUACUCA